CGGGACCCUCUUUGCCCGCGCCUCUCUCUUAAGAGUGUUUGGCCUGCUCCCUGUCGACAUCACCACCAAACGAACACCACCCAAAGCCAACCACCAGAAAUCCGUCAAGAUGGCUCGUCGUCCCGCGAGAUGCUACCGCUACUGCAAGAACAAGCCGUACCCUAAGUCGCGGUUCAACCGUGGUGUCCCCGACCCCAAGAUCCGCAUCUUCGAUCUUGGCCGCAAGCGCGCGAAGGUCGAUGACUUCCCUCUCUGCAUCCACAUGGUCUCCAACGAGUACGAGCAGCUGAGCUCUGAGGCUCUCGAGGCCGCCCGUAUCUGCGCCAACAAGUACCUCGUCAAGUACGCCGGAAAGGAGGGUUUCCACAUGCGUGUCCGCGCCCACCCCUUCCACGUCGUCCGUAUCAACAAGAUGUUGUCUUGCGCUGGUGCCGAUAGACUGCAGACCGGUAUGCGUGGUGCCUGGGGUAAGCCCAACGGCACUGUCGCCCGUGUCAACAUUGGCCAGAUUCUCCUCAGCGUCCGCACCCGUGACUCUAACCGUGCCAUCGCUCUCGAGGCUCUCCGCCGCUCCAUGUACAAGUUCCCCGGCCGCCAAAAGAUUAUCAUCUCCAAGAACUGGGGUUUCACCCCUCUCCGCCGUGACGAGUACCUGGAGAAGAAGGCUGCUGGCCGCGUCAAGGUCGACGGUGCCUACGUCCAGUUCCUCAGCAACAAGGGCAAGCUCGCUGACAACAUGCGCCGCUUCCCCGAGGCUUUUGCCGAGUAAAGGAGGUUCACAUGCGUUUUCAAGUUGUCACACCACAUACGGGAUGAGGAAAUGGCGUCUAAAUGGUCUCCAUAGCACUGCUACAUGAGAAUCAAUGGGAACUUGCAUUUGAGAAACAGUGCAGCCGCCGUUCACUCAAU